UCACCGCUACGUGGCUGGCUGGCUGCAGGCUUGAAGAAGUGGCAACAAUCCGAAAGUUAACUUCCAAUCGGCAGGUUCGCAGAGUGCAAAAAGUUACUCGUUCCUCAGGAUUUUCGCCAAUUUCAUCACACAAAUUCACCAUGAUCGCUAAAGCCCUGCUCGUCGUUGCCCUGGUGGCCGUUUCCGCUUCGCUUGGCCAGGCCAGCUCCUGCAGUAAUCCGGACGUGAAGACCAACUUUUUCUCCACCUCGGAUGCGACCAUCGUCAGCCAGAUUGCCUUCGUAACGGAGUUCACCCUCAAGUGUUCCAACGGUGGUGCCGAGAAGCUGCCCCUCUUUGCCGAGGUCGGUGGACGGGUUGCUCCGGUGGUCCGAGUCGGCGACAAUAAGUACCAGGUAAGCUGGAACGAAGAGAUCAAGAAGGCCAGCAGCGGCAAGUACACCAUUCGCCUCUUCGACGAGGAAUCGUUCGCCGCCGUCCGAAAGGCUCAGCGUGCCGGCGAGGACAUUCAGUCGGUCAAGUCCCUCACCAAUGUGGUCGUGAGCUUCCCCGGUGCCUACAAGGGUCCCUGGAUCAAUUCGGAGAUCCUGGCCGCCGGUGUGAUCGGAUUCGUGGCCUACGUGGCAUUCUCCACCCGCAGCAAGCUGUUGGCGUAAUAAGGACGCAAAACUGGAAGAGGGAGCGAGAUUACGAUUUAAAAAAAAGAAGCACAGAUUCACCAUCAUCAUCGUGUCGUGAUUUGAUCUUUUACCUUUUUUGGUUUUUCUUAAGUUUUUUUUUCCUUGAAAAGCAUUUGUGUACAUGAUAGGACUCAAUAAGUUAUGAUUUUGUUUUUCUCUUGUCGUCGCUAUUUGCUCCGAAGUUGACAAACAGGACAGGCAGCAAAUCAGGAAAAGCACAUGUUUUAGAUGUGUUUCCGCGAGGUUCAUAGACUGGAUUUGUUAUAUCUAGAAAAGCUAAUAAAAGAAAACCUCUAGCGAUAA